UGGGAAGGGGCAUGGGCACCUGAUAACCUGCUUUUCUCUAAUUCCUCCCACUUGCAGAAAAAAAGGAGGGCAGCCACUGCCCGUCGGCAGCACCUGAAGAGUGCUAUGCUCCAGCUCGCUGCCACCGAAAUAGAAAAAGAAGCAGCUGCUAAAGAAGUGGAAAAGCAAAACUACCUGGCAGAGCAUUGCCCUCCUCUGUCACUCCCAGGAUCCAUGCAGGAACUUCAGGAGUUGUGCAAAAAGCUUCAUGCCAAGAUAGAGUCAGUGGAUGAGGAGAGGUACGAUACAGAGGUGAAGCUACAGAAGACUACUAAGGAGCUGGAAGACUUGAGCCAGAAGCUCUUUGACCUGCGGGGCAAGUUCAAGAGGCCGCCACUGCGCAGGGUGCGCAUGUCCGCUGAUGCGAUGCUGCGGGCCCUGCUGGGCUCCAAGCACAAGGUCUGCAUGGACCUCCGAGCCAACCUGAAGCAAGUCAAGAAGGAGGACACUGAGAAGGAGAAGGACCUCCGUGAUGUCGGUGACUGGAGGAAGAACAUUGAGGAGAAGUCCGGCAUGGAGGGCAGGAAGAAGAUGUUCGAGGCUGGCGAGUCCUAAGCACCUGCCUCUCCACACCCGUCCUCUCCUCCCUCCUGUCCCCGCCGUCCCCCCGUGUUCAAGGGCACCGGCUGGGUGCUGUUUCUCUCUGGUUUUGUGAAGAGCUGCGUCCUGGCAGCAGCAGUGUAAAUAAAGCUUUGGCGGGA